UUUUUUGGCUCAGAGUCAAGAAAGAAGGACGACAGUUUACGCGAGAUUCAUACAAAGCUGUGCUAUUCGCUGCAUAACAUAUUUGUCUAUAAUAAUAAUCUCUCUGUACUUAACGUAAUCAUUUUUUGUAGACCUUCAAAAAGACAAAUUUUUAUUGCCAAUCAGCCAUGUCAAUUUAUUUUUACGGUGCUCAGGUUGGCCCAGGUCGAGUUUCAAGUUUCUGUUGAUCUGCUGAUCGUAGGUGUUUUUUGUAGAGAGUGCGGUGGGCGAGCGAAUGCAUAUUAUUAAACCCUGCCUCAUAUUUAUAAUGACAAAGAUGGACCGGUGCGAUUUGAGAGCACGUUGCAAUUUAUGAAGCUUAUGAAUUUCGAGGAAAGGGACGCUGGUGCGAAGCGAAAGGAGAGAAAUUCAUGUUUUAGAUCAAUCCACUCUCUCCCACGUCUUCAAAUAUUGUUUUGUCGACAUUGUGAUUGCGGAUUUCCUAGUUUACAGCCUGGAAUAAUGUGGUUUCUAUGUUCCCUUCUGUUCUUUCGACUCCCCCAAGAUCCAUCGCUGUCUUUUUCUUAAGGCGCUAAAAUAACCUUGCGUAAAUACGAAUCAGAAAUCUAACCUAAAUCCGGCGUCUCUAUUUCUAAAACGAAACGAGGAGAAUCACGGAGGUUCGUGGUUGUCGGCCAUCGUACGAAAAAGAUUAUGUUAUAAAUAGCUGUUGGAACAAAAAAAAAAAAACGCUCAGAAAGAGAUCCUGCAUCACUAUCAGAAAAGGAUCACUAGCUUUAUAGUUUCGAAUAAUUAUCCAUACCCAAAGCUAUAAAUCAACAUUGAAUGUUCUGAGAUUUUAAUUAAUCACGUUCGAUGCUUUACACCCACACUUCCAUUCAAGGGAACUGAGUCUAAUUAAAGAUUGGAAAAAGUGAGAUAAAGCAUUCCAACUGCAACAGCCCACGUCGCUUACUUAUCUCAAGCUACUCAGUAGACUCACUCAAACUAUAAAAGAAACUAUUAGUCACCUCACCCCUGCAAGGUGUGACACUGAUUUUCUGAUCUGAAGCAAUGUCACAACACUUUGUCACCGUUUGUGUAGUAUGCGUUCUAUGCGCUGCACAUGCACCAUGUCAUGCCCACGAUGAUGUUCAGGGAUCUCGACUUUCUCUGAUAGAAGAUUCUCCUAAUCUACAGGAAUCCCCAAGACCCGAUAGUCGCCUUCAGCCAUUAAAAAAUCAAAUCGGAUCUAAAGAAAUAGUUAGGAUAAAAGAUACUGGAGAGAAAUUGGAUCUGAUGACAUUAGAUACCGAAAAUGUAAAGGAGAGACUCAGAAAAAAAAGAGAUUCUGAAGUGCGUCAAUCAGACUUCACAAGAAGAAUUUUUGAGGCAUAUGGGAAUGGAGACAGUAUCACCUUAGAGGGAUUUGAAAGGCUGCUGGAUAAACUUGGACUAUUAGAACACCUAGCUACCCUUGACGAGAGAGAAAAUGAUCACAUCUUUGGUAGAGAAGAAAAGACCUCUGGUGUUGAUAAUAUUAAAAACUUGAAUCAAACUACAGGGAGUAGUGGGCUGAAGGAUGGAAGCGUUAGUGCGAAAACUAAGCAAAAGUGCGUUGGGAGCAGAGAAUUGCUCGCAACAUAUUCUCAGGACCCUACGUACUUGUCAGAGGUUGAAAACAGCACAACCUUACCAGCCUGGCUGUUCGAGAGAGUGUGUCCUGCACUAGUUUAUCAAUUAGCUAAUUCCGAUAGGAGUGGAUGUAUCCAAGUUCCAGACAACUGGAAACCCUCUGACGCCCCAUCUGUGGUUGAAGAAAUCUCGAGCAAUCCAAUUCAAGUUUGGAUCUAUUCCUCUAUCAGCAUUUUAAUUAUAAGUCUCUGCGGGCUGCUCGGAGUUGUCGUUAUUCCGGUGAUGAAUAAAACCUACUACCACCAGCUGAUACAAUUUCUGGUCGCUCUAGCUGUUGGGACCCUGUGUGGCGAUGCGCUCAUACAUCUGCUGCCCCAUGCCAUGAUGUCGUCGUCGGGCCACUCUCAUUCACACGAGCACCAGACCGGACACGAACAUCAUUUUCACAGCAGCGAAUCCGAUCAUGACCUGAACAUGUGGAAAGGUCUAGUUGCUAUGAUGGGGUUGGUCUUGUUCUUUUUUACCGAAAAGGCAUUGACGAUGGUCGCCGAAUGGCGAAAAUCGCGACAACGACGAAACAAGUUACCCCUGAGAGUAAAGGUCAUGCGUGAGACAGAUACUGCGGGCAGUAACACUGCUGGGGACAAACACUGCAAGCACAAAUAUUCCUCAUAUCCGUACUGCUACGGGGAAAUCACUACAGAGACUCAAGAUAAUCACCACAAUCGUCAUCACAAUAAUCAUCAAAGAGCAGCUGGUACGGAGGAAGAAAAGCCACUAACAUCGAACAGCAACGCUGUCUGUAAAUCGACCGACGCAGAUGCAGGAAAGAAGACGGAUGAAAAUUGGAAAAUGGAGGAGACGAUAAUCAACCAUUCCAAAAAAAGUGAAGACAAUGUCGAUCCGGCGGUAAACGAGGCGGAAAGUUACACAGUAAUAAUUCGCGAACAUGAAACAAAACAUCAUGGACACACGCAUUCGCAUGGUCACGUACAUUCGGCUCCCGAAUCGAUGUCGAGUGUCGCGUGGAUGGUUGUCAUGGGGGACGGGCUGCACAAUUUCACAGACGGCAUGGCCAUAGGUGCGGCCUUCGCCGCUAACAUUGCCGGAGGUUUUUCGACCGCCAUAGCGGUUCUCUGUCACGAACUACCUCAUGAAUUGGGGGACUUUGCGGUCCUGCUAAAAGCUGGUAUGAGUGCGAAGCAAGCGGUUUUUUACAAUCUUUUGUCUUCCGUCUUGUGCCUCUUCGGAAUGAUCUUUGGUAUUCUGUUGGGCGCCACACCUGCUGCUACGAGCUGGAUUUUCGCAGCAGCUGCCGGCAUGUUCAUAUACAUUGCUCUGGUAGACAUGAUACCCGAACUGACUUCGAGCCACUCUGCCGAAGGAGGUUCGCAGUGGCAAUGCAUCCUACAAGCUCUCGGACUCGCUGCGGGGCUUGGCAUUAUGCUGAUAAUUGCUCUCUACGAGCAUGACUUGAAACAUAUAUUUAGUAAUUAGAAGAAAAGUUGGCUAAUCAUUCAUUUAUAUGAAUAACAUUAGAGGCGACCUGCGUUUGUCUUUUGUUCGACAUUUAAUCGAGAGAGGCAGAAGCUGAAGCAGAGAGAGGAGGUCGUGAGUAUCGGAAAAACAUAAUAAGGCUAUUUUUCAGUAUCAUUAUCAUUAAGGCCGCGUUAUGUACUUGGCCAAUAAAUAUCUGCUAAGAGAGGGUAGUGAAUAAACGUUAAGAGGACCGGAUCGGUUGAGACUGACAAUGAGGAACCAAAUUCAACUGCGUUAAUAUUUAUUGUAUUGUCGGAGAAAAGAGUUGCGAAGAAAAGUGUGUUAUUUGAUUGAUUCGAAUAUCUGGUGCUAUUGCGAUCAACGGUUGCGAUUUAAAUUGAUCUGACCACUGCCAGAAGAGCAAAUGAAGAAGAAUGUAGGAAAUCGAAGUGAACUAAAAUAAAAUAAAUUAAGAUUACAGGAGCACUCGUCGCUGUGUAUAUGUAUAUCAAAGGAACUGGAUAACACUCGCGAUUUAAUCUCCACAAAAUCGACGUGCGUAUAAAUUACGUACAACACUUCUGGAUUUUUUUUUUCUCUCGUUUCCGAGCGGGACAGCGAAAAAAGAAUCCGUUCUCACGAAAAGUAUUUAAUCGGAAUUUCAUACAUUCGUCCUCUUUAUUUUUCCUUUUUUUUUCUCGUGUUUCUUUAUGAUCUUAUAAUUUUAAAGCGUUUUUCAAGAGUGCGAAUAUUUUAAAACAGAAAGUCACAUUUCAAAACCGAGAUCGAAAUAAAAUCUAAGGAUACAACGCUGCUGUGUAAGAAUUAUGUAUGAGGUGCGCCGUAUUUUUGUGUUCCAUAAAUUAAUUUCUUAGACAAGGUACUUAAUCAGCCCUUGAACCACGUCGUAAUGUAGGAUGAACUAUGAAUAUGAUUUUUUUUUAUCUAUGUAUAUUAGGGUCGUCCAAAUAAGGGAACGCGGAGCAAUAUGGGGCAGAAUGGGGUGAACGAAAAAUUUUGUAACUAUUUUCUUUCGAAAGAUUUUUCAAAAGGAUCAAAAAGAACUUCAAACAUCAUUCUGGAUUGAAACAAGAAAUGUUCAAUUUCAAAUAAAUAUUCAUCGUAACGAUUUGUUAUUCAUUUAAACGAAUUAACUAUGAAAUAUUUACAACUGAAAAUUGAAACUGGAACAAAUUUUUUAAGUGAACGGUAACAACAAUCACAUGUUUUUUAUCGCUAAUUUUACUACCAACCCGACCCGCAAACGAUGAAUGGAAACGAAGUGAAAAAAUACGCGUACUUUUCAAAAUCGAAAUUUGUUUCACUCGCGAUUCAAAAGUUUUAUCGUGUGGAGGGUCGUUUUAGUAUUGAUAUUGAGAGCUCCAACUAGGCAGGUUUCUUUUUUCAUCUUAUUCGGAAGGAUUUGAGGGAGGGUGCUAAUUAGAAUUUGAAAAUUACCUUCGCAAGGACCACCCUAAUAGCAUACAGAAACUGAAACUGCUUAUUCCACCUCUAACAAUAAGCAAGAAGAACGAUCGAACUUUCGGUCUGGACGAAAGCUACUUAUCCCCCGAUUCCCAAGACUUUAGUAUAAAAUUUUUAUAUAUUAUCGUCAGGGCGAAAGACUUUGACUUAAAUACCGCAUCUGUUGUACUUAUCAAUGUUUGAAAUCAUAGCAUAAGUGGAUAGGAAUCGUAUUUAUAUGGUUGAAACCUAAAUAAUUUCGACGCUAGUUAUUUGUUUCCUCAUACAUAUGAUUCUGCGUGGAUUUUGCAGGAAAUUUAGAGCUAGGCGCCUCCUCGAUGCUUCGAGAAUGCGCUUAGCUCUCUGAUUUUUCUAAUAUAAUCAGUCAUAAAAGUUUUUCAUACAAACAGCACCAUAUUUACGUGGCUAAAGUUAAGUAAGGAGUGAAUCAAUUUUCCAAAAAAAAAAAAAAAAAAAAUUAAAAAUAAAUGAUUUACGUUUUAUUUUUCUUUUUAUAAUAAAAUGUCAAAAGGAA